AUGCCGUACUUCCUGAACUCGUUCAAGAAGCAUGACGUCUCAGAGUUCCCCGGGGUCCUUGUGCCCUUGCAGCAAGCCCAACACCGGGGCUCAGUUUCGUCGCGCCGCUUCUCAUUGAAGCCGACGCCCCAAACGAAAGAUGAGAAGGAUGAAAAGAGCUUGAGGACUGGGAGCAUCUCCCCUGUGCGUGAUGGCAGCACCACCGGGCUGACCCUUGAGACACUGAAGGCCGAGAUUGAGGCUGACCUUGCUGCAUCCGAUUCGAAAUCGGCCUAUGACCGCAAGUCGAAAGUGAUUAAUCGAGCUGUCCAGGAUAUCGGUAUGGGAAGGUAUCAAUGGAAGCUCUUUGUACUUUGUGGGUUUGGCUGGCUAGCUGACAAUCUGUGGCUGCAGGGUGUCGCACUGACGCUACCGCAACUUGCUGUCGAGUUUGGCGUUAGCCAGAGCGAGAUUCGAUAUACCACACUGGCUCUCUUCCUCGGUCUCUGCAUCGGUGCGAGCUUCUGGGGCACAGCUUCAGACGUCAUUGGUCGUCGCUUGGCGUUCAACUUCACCCUGUUCAUCGCAGGCGUGUUUGGACUAGCUGCUGGCGGUGGGCCAAAUUGGGUUGGUACCGCCGCCCUGUUCGCCUGCUUAGGUCUUGGUGUUGGCGGAAACCUCCCUGUCGAUGGAGCACUCUUCCUCGAAUUCCUCCCAUUUGCUUCUGGAAGCCUCCUGACCUUGCUUUCCGUCUUCUGGCCUGUUGGUCAGUUGAUAGCCUCGCUCGUUGCGUGGGGGUUCGUUCCAAAGUACUCAUGCUCUACCGAUGCCACGACCUGUCCAAAGUCCGAGAACAUGGGAUGGCGUUACCUGGUGCUCACGCUCGGAGCAUUCACCUUCUUCAUGUUCAUCUGCCGCUUCUUCUUGUUCCACCUCUUCGAGUCACCCAAACUGCUAUUAGCACGAGGUCGUCAGUCUGAAGCGGUCGCCGUUGUUCAUGGCAUCGCCUACUUCAACAAACGCAAGACAUGGCUUACGGAAGACAUCCUCAACCAGAUUGGCGGCAAUCCCGAAGUGACGGAGGAUGCGAAGCUCAGCACCCCCGAGAUCAUUCGACGAUCGCUGAGCAAAUUCUCUACUCAGCGUAUUGGCCCGCUCUUCAGAGACAAGAAGAUGGCCAUCACGACAGUCCUUCUGUGGUGGCAGUGGGCAACGAUCGGCAUGGCCUACCCCCUUUUCAAUGCCUUCUUGCCACAGUACCUAGCCAACAGCGGCAAUGACCAACCGACGGCUACGAGCAUCGUCUAUCGAAACUACGCCAUCACCUCCAUUGUUGGCGUACCAGGCUCCGUCAUUGCGUGGUACACGGUGGAUGUAAAAUAUGUUGGUCGUAAGGGUACCAUGGCGUUUGCGACCCUGGUAACCGGAAUCUUCAUCUUCUGCUUUACCAUCUCGGGUGACCCCAACUUCCAGCUUACCUUCACGUGUCUCGAGGCCUUCUUCCAAAACAUCAUGUACGGCGUACUCUACGCUUACACUCCAGAGGUCUUCCCUGCGCCCAACCGCGGCACUGGUUCCGGCAUCGCGAGCUUUUUGAACCGCGUCGCGGGCCUUUGCGCCCCAAUUGUGGCUGUCAAUGCCGGCAACAGCAAUCCCAAAGCUCCGAUCUACGCGUCUGGUGGGUUGAUUCUAGCGGCGUUCGCUAGCAUGCUCUUGCUGCCGAUCGAGACACGGGGCAAGCAGUCACUGUAA